GUUGACACCAAGAAGCCUUGGUUGACUUAUGCCAAAUGGGCUGCUGCUUAUGGCUUGGUUUUUAUACGACUUCUAGGCCAGGAAAUCGCCGUGGUGAUCAAUUCUCAGCACGUUGCAGAAGCCUUGAUGGACAAGCGUUCUCGCAUUUACUCAGAUAAACCAUGCAUAGCCACAGUCGACCUUACAGGCAUGUUUGGUUGGUCGCUCAUUUUUGCAUUCGCAGGCUAUGGUGAUGAAUGGCGUCUUUUCCGACGACUCUUCCACCAAACUUUCCGUCCUGGCUCUGCACUCAAGUUUCGUCCAACGCAGAUCGAGCAGGCUCUUAUUAUCAAUCUCAUCUGUGUUGUUUUACAUCACUAUUGCACGAUCUCCACCAAUGGGCACUGAUUAAGUAUUUGUAACACAUCAAACUUAUUACACUACUAAGCGAGAAAUUGUAGGUGUGGUUUAGUGCUACUGGUUUUUUAUGUAGGAUCGGCAGCAGGGGAUCGAGUUCGACAGUAGGAUACGGUUCGGCCAUGGGAUACAGUCGGCCAUGGGAUCAAGGGCUGGCUUCCUAUGGGAUCGCUCUCAGCCAUACUGUCAAACACAAGUUCCCUAAACAGACGAACU